UGUCAGCCGGAAAUAUCGUUUCCAGAAGUUCAUCCGGAGCUUCCUGUCACCUAAUCCACUUGUUGAAAAGGAGGAGCAGGAGGUCGAACAGACGAAUAGAGGAGUUGAACGCAAAACUAUUCAAAGAAUGGCCGGUCAGGACCUCUGGAGGUCUCCCCAACUCUGCAGUUAGAGCUCCCAGCUGAAGACCACCAUGGUCGGCGUGAGGGAAGUUGGCGUCUUUGGCGCCUCUGUUGUGUUAGCGGGGGGAGUCGCUUAUCUAAUUUGGAACCACACGUCGUUCUUCAAGCAGAGGAACCCCCCUUUACCGAAGAAGGAAAGAAGAGAAAGUAACAAAGAAGAGGAAGAGCCGGAGAAACAAGGAACACAGGAGGAGCGAGUCGUAGAAGAAGAAACGGUGACGGUGGUUACAACGCAGAAAACUUCCACGAGCCGUCCUGUGGAGACGGGUGGAACCCAGGUUCUGGUUCUGGGUCUGGAGGGAGCCGGGAAGACGAGCCUGCUGCACUGUUUUUCCGGCAGCAGCUUGGAUCAGGACACGGAGCCGACGAAGGGCUUCAACGCCGUCUCCAUCAGCAAAGACGACCUGCACAUCGAGUUUCUGGAAAUUGGAGGUAACGAGGACCUGCGGCCGUACUGGCAGAGGUACCUGUCCAAAGCCCUGCUUCUGGUGUUUGUGGUCGACUCCUCCAACCCUCAGCUGUUCCCGCUGGCGAAGAAACACCUAGACGAGCUGCUGAGUCACCGCGCCAGCCUGCCUCUGAUGGUUCUGGCCAACAAGCAGGAUCUUCCAGGUUCCUGCAGCAUCACCGAUCUCCACGAGGCCCUCGGCCUGUCUGAGGUCGGGGACCGUAGCCUCUUCCUCAUCGGCACCUACGUGAAGAAGGGCGACGGGGAGCCGAGCUCCGGCGCUCAGGACGCGCGGGAGGUGAUCCUCCAGGUGGUCUGUGGCGGCAGAUGAAGCACAAAUGGGGGUUGGAUGGGGCUCCAUCUGACAUUGUAGAUCAAAUCAGGUUCUCCACAGUCUUUGGGAUCAAGUUCCACUUUUCACGAGUAGUUUUUUCCUUUGGACAAACGCCAGUAGAGGACAAUCUUCAUGGUCUGUGGUUAAAAACAUAAACACACAAAAUCUUCUCUUUUUAAGGGCUCAGAUCUUCUAAAGCUGAAUGUUUUUCUUCACAGAAACUUAAGUUUGAAUCACAAACUGGUUAACCGUUAGUCGUCUUAACAACACGUCUUAUCAGCUGCUGAACUGGUGGUAAUGUUUGAAGCUGAACGCAUCACUUAUUGAUGUUUUAGUCCUCAGUUGUAGAAGCCUUCUUCUGCCAGUAGGGGUCGCUGAUGAGCAACUCAGAGCUUUACAGGCUCUGACAGAUGUUACUCCUCUGUGAUUCCGGUUCUGCUCCAGUGUUCAGUUCUGGAUGUGUAGCAAUGAAUGUUUUUAUCUCGUCUGAGUUCGGGCUGCUUUUUUUAAAAAUGUUUUUAUUCAAAAGUAGAAAAACGGGAUGACGGGUGUCGUUUGUGUGACUUUUGGGAAAGUUUCUACGGUUACAAUAAAACAACAUCUUAAGCAUGA